ACAAGAGAUUUUUUAAUGCACCAGAGGCAGCUGCAAACAUGUUUAGAAGAACAAACUACAAUCAUAUUAUAAUAUACAACAUCGGCAAACCAGAGGAUUCUGGUCCUGUAGAAAUGGGUCUCCAUUAUCUCCUAGGCAAAUAGCAAAGUCGGACCACUUACAAUAAACGUGAACCAUCAGCUGGUCUGACUGCGAAAGGCACAAGGGUAAAUCAUGAUACCCAUUACGGAGCUGCGGUAUUUUGUGGACACCCAACCGGCGUACCGUAUCCUGAAACCAUGGUGGGACGUUUUCACGGAUUACAUCUCUGUGGUGAUGUUGAUGAUAGCCGUGUUUGGAGGAACGCUGCAGGUCACCCAAGACAAAAUGAUUUGCUUGCCUUGCAAAUGGGUGGUGAAUAAGACUUGCAGGAAGUAUUUCAACUCCACCCUCACGGCAGCUCAACUCUUAGAACCGAAAGGGAUCCAGUACAACCUUGAUCGUCACCAAUACAACUAUGUGGAUGCUGUCUGCUAUGAGAAUAAACUCCACUGGUUUGCCAAGUAUUUCCCAUACCUGGUGCUACUACACACCCUCAUUUUUUUGGCAUGUAGCAACUUCUGGUUUAAGUUCCCUUGGACAAGCUCUAAACUCGAGCAUUUCGUAUCCAUUUUGCUGAAAUGUUUUGACUCCCCUUGGACAACGCGAGCACUUUCAGAGACAGUGGUUGAGGAGAGCGACCCUAAAGCGCUAGGAAAAAUGAACGGGUCGUUGGACAAGAAAGCGUCGUGUCUCAGUGAUGAUGUUGAGGCCACAGUUCCCAUGAUUCCCCCCAUGUCUCGUUUUGAACAUGGCAUUGUGGACCACUCUGAUUCUGGCGUCCUGGACAAAAAAGAGGGUGAACAGGCCAAAGCUCUAUUUGAAAAGGUUAAAAAAUUCCGCAUACAUGUAGAAGAAGGGGACAUAGUGUACAGACUGUAUAUUCGGCAGACCACCAUAAAAGUGAUUAAGUUCAUAGUGAUUAUCUGCUACACAGGCUUCUAUGUGCAUAACAUUCAGUUCCAUGUUGACUGCAGCGUGGAUAUUGAGAAUCUCACAGGCUAUCAGAUGUACCAUUGUACGCAUCCCCUUGCAACCCUCUUCAAAAUUCUUGCUUGCUUUUAUAUAAGUCUCGUAGUUGUUUAUGGGGUUAUCUGCAUGUACACUCUGGGAUGGAUGCUCCGUCGUUCUCUCAAAAAGUACUCUUUUGAGUCCAUUAGAGAAGAAAGUAGUUAUAGUGACAUACCUGAUGUCAAAAAUGACUUUGCUUUCAUGCUUCACAUGAUAGACCAGUAUGACCCCCUUUACUCUAAGCGGUUUGCUGUUUUUCUGUCUGAGGUGAGCGAAAAUAAACUAAGGCAGCUUAAUCUUAACAAUGAGUGGACACUGGACAAACUUAGGCAGCGAAUCACUAAAAACUCUCAGGAAAAGCUUGAGCUCCAUCUCUUUAUGCUGGGUGGUAUCCCAGACACUGUGUUUGACCUGGUCGAGCUUGAAGUCUUAAAACUUGAGUUGAUACCUGAUGUUACCAUACCGCCAAUUAUUGCCCAACUCACUAACCUAAGGGAGAUGUGGCUUUAUCACACGCCCGCAAGAAUAGAGGCGCCGGCUCUAGCGUUUCUGCGUGAGAAUUUAAAAGCCCUACACAUAAAGUUCACAGAUAUCAAGGAAAUCCCACUCUGGAUCUAUAGUUUAAAGAAUCUCAGUGAGUUGCAUCUCACAGGCAAUCUUAGUUCAGAGAACAAUCGAUACAUAGUUAUUGAUGGGUUGCGGGAACUAAAGAGACUGAAGGUUUUGCGACUGAAAAGCAACCUCACAAAGCUGCCACAGGUUGUUACAGAUGUUGGGGUGCACCUGCAGAAACUGUCAGUGAAUAACGAAGGCACAAAACUGAUGGUACUGAACAGCCUGAAGAAAAUGGUGAACCUAUCCGAACUUGAGCUUGUUCGGUGUGAUUUGGAGCGCAUUCCUCACUCAAUAUUCAGCCUCCACAAUCUUCAAGAGAUCGACUUGAAGGACAACAACUUGAAAACCAUUGAAGAAAUCAUAAGCUUCCAGCACCUCCAUAGACUUGCUUGCCUCAAACUCUGGUACAACCAGAUUGCCUACAUUCCUAUCCAGAUAGGCACCCUAACAAAUUUGGAGAGACUCUACCUGAAUCGAAAUAAAAUUGAGAAAAUACCAAGCCAACUCUUCUUCUGCCGCAAAUUGCGGUUUAUUGACUUGAGUCACAACAAUCUCACUUCUAUACCAGCUGACAUUGGGUUCUUACAAAAUCUACAGUACUUCGCUGUGACAUCAAACAGGAUUGAAAUUCUCCCACCUGAGCUGUUCCAGUGCAAAAAGCUGCGUGCACUUAACCUAGGGAAUAACUACUUGCAAGUUUUACCAUCUCGCUUCGGCGAACUUACAAGCCUCCAGCAGUUGGAGCUCCGAGGCAAUCGAUUGGAGGGUCUACCUGUCGAACUGGGGGAGUGCCAUCUGCUGAGAAGGAGUGGGAUCAACGUUGAAGAAGACCUUUUCAACACCUUGCCCACUGAAGUCAAGGAAAAACUGUGGCGCACAGACAAAGAUGCAUCCUGAGUGACAGCAGGUCUCUGGUGUGAAGAGUAAGAUUCAUAAUUAGAAAUGGAUUCUUUGGACAAGAUUGAGUAUGAACUAGGGUCCGUGUAACGCUUUGCAGUGCUUUGUUCUAUUUGCAGAAUUCACAUGAAAAUAUGGAAAAUGGGUUCAAAACUUUCAUUAUCCAUUUGUCAGACUACUCAGCAAAUGGACAAUUGAUGCUAUAUUUUAACUUUCGAGUGUGGUUUUUGAAACGGUAAAUAAUGAAUUUGAAACAAAACUAAAAUUGAGUCCAUUUUCCAAUUUUCCAUUUUUCCAUUUCUGCAUCGUGGUUGGACUGAACCAAACGCGCCAAGGGAUGUAUAGGCCUACGUGGCGCCUCUGGCCAGUUGCAGAGAUAGGCUAUAAAUGAUACAGAUCGAGUUAUCAAGUCAAAUUCAUGCCAAGUGAGCUCGAGACGUAGGCCUAUCUAGACCGACUGGAGGCGAUUGAGGACCGCUCAACUCCUC